GAGAGAGAGAGAGAGAGAGAGAGAGAGAGAGAGAGAGAACAACCCAAACACAGACGGUUAGCAGACAACUAUCAAACUACGGCGGCCUGACAGCCAUUUAAAUUAACUAAUUCUUCAGCGGUAAAACAAAACAAUGUGACCAAGUGAGAAGGACACCUUGCUGAGGACUGUCAGAAACAAAUGACAACCAACUUUGGUUGUUGUGAGAGGCGCACCAUGGCAUCUCAGCCGAGUCUACACAAUGAGAAAAGGAACCGUCUUCGCCUCCAAGCAUGGGAACAGAGGAACCAAGAAACAAGCCAAACCAAAGAACUCAGCGCUGAGAAUGUGCCACUCUUUAGGGAACCAUACAAGACAAACAAAGGGGAUGAGCUUUCCAAUCGAAUCCAGAGGAUGCUGGGCAGUUAUGAAGAUGUGAAUCAUCCGUAUCCCUUUGCCAUUGAGCCUUUACCCAUUCCUACUUGUGUAACCUUCUCACAGUCAGAUCAGGGUCAGCCAAACACCGAUAAACCAACCAAACCUCCAUUCCAUAACCAGGUCCAUUACAUGUCCACCCAAAGUCAGAAAUCCCCCUCUAGUAACGGUUACUCCUCUCAGCCCAUGGGGACGUUCACUACCUCUUCUCCUAACCACCAUGGUCAUUCAUCAAUUUUCUCAAAUGCAUCUUUGAACCACAGUCAGCUCAGCUUCUCAGGACAUCAACAAAAGAGUGAAGCCCACGCAGAUCUCAGGGAGCGUGUCAGCCUUCCCCAGGAAAUGUCUUCUCAGUCUCCUGAUACUAAGCCGCCACCCUUCCCACAUUCCAGUGACCAUGAUACCAAUGACGUGGACACUAAGGACACCUUUGAUAGACAUCAACUUCAAGGUCCCACAGAUCACUCCUCUGAGUCUGCCAGCACCAUGGAUGUUUCCACAUUUAACCUAAAACAGUCCCCCAAAGAUACAUCUCUGCCUCAAGCCAACAAGGGUAACGCACAACCUUCCCAGACCUUCCCUUCACUCUUGUCGUCAAAGCAGCCCAGCGUAGUCAUGACCCAGAAGCCAACAGCGUAUGUGCGGCCCAUGGAUGGUCAGGACCAAGUGGUCAGCGAGUCACCUGAGCUGAAGCCUUCACCAGAGCCAUAUGUAUCUCUACCAGAGUUGACCAACAAAUCUGAUGUGGGAAAAACGAAGAUACCGCCACAAUUUUUGGAGACAAGGCCAAAUGAAGUUCUUUGUGUUGAGGACAUCUUGAGGGAAAUGACCCACUCGUGGCCCCCUCUCCUGACAGCUAUACACACACCUAACACAGGUGUAACCACCAAGUCUCCAUUCCAAGCCAAGGAAUCGGAGCAUGUCUCCUCAUGUCCAGAACAAAAAAACUAUCCUAAAGAAUCCUCUCCUGUAGAUCCAUCCCAGCUCAUCCAGCAGAGCUCCUCAUUUUCAUUUGAAGCAGCCCAUUUCAGAGAGGUAGAGUCCGCUUGCUCCAGCGACUCGGAGAGUGGCUCAAGAUCAGAGUUGGACAGUGAAAGCACCAUCGAGGAGCCACCUCAACUCCCUGUGAGCAACACCGUUAAAACCGAGCCGGAUGCUCCAGCAGUGGCCCAUGGUGAUUGGCAGUUGGGGAACUGGAUCAGGUCCAGCCAGCAGAACUCUGGCACUGAAAGUCGAAGCGGUGUACAUGUCUCUGAGAGCCCAGCGCACAAACAGCCACCGCCCACUCAAAGCUCCAAGCCCUCGCUCAGUGUAGAGGUGGUCGACCCCACUAGGGAGUCUAAACCUCAGCCUUCUUCUGAGCAAAAAGAGUUUACUGAUAAGCUUGCAAAACUCCAGCAGCACAGUGAAAGCCCCCAGGACAACUAUAACCAUCAAAGUAGCCAAAAAAAAAACUCUGCUGACUUGAACAGCUGUAGCAGUUCCAGGAAACUUUCAUGCAACACGCACUCCUCAAAACCAGCAAAGGCAAGUUGCCCAGAUUGCACUGAAGCAGCUAUUGGCGUGAAGUGUGAGGAAGUUGUCGCCACACGAGACAAAGACCCCCGUUUCACAGAUAGACCCAAGGUUAAGACGAAAACAGGACAUGGCAAGAAAAGCAAGGACAACAGUGACACUAAAAGAAACAGUAAGAGGACUUCUAAACACGAGUCACUUGACAAAGGGAAGGCUGGAUCAGAGCCUGUUGUCACGGUGGUGCUGGGUGGUCAUUGUCCAUCAUGUGGUGUACAAUAUCCUAACCCCUGCUCCUGCCCCACCCAAAAUCCUGCUCAGCCUGACCAGCUGCCUCAGGCCCCACCACUCAGAAUCAGUUGCUCCAAACCAAAGUCGGAGACCAUCUGCCAGAAGGGCACCAAGAUCUCUCACAAAACAACCCACGAACACUUAAAGAAGACAGGGCAGGCAGCCAAGAGUUCUCGGGACCCCCACAGGCCUCCUAGAUCCCUGCUGGUGAAGAUUGAUCUAAGUCUGCUCUCAAGAGUCCCCUGGACCUCCGGCAACCACCAGGAGAUACCCAGCAAUGCAAAGAGAUCAGCACUGGUCAUAGAGCAAGAUGGAGGGGGCAGUGAUGCUUCUACAGGACACAAACUCACCAAAACCAGCAAAAAGAGUGUAUCGCAAAAUGCUGAGGUAGACCAUACACAUCUUCCCAGGAAGAAACAGAAGCUGGACAGCAAGAAUGCCUCAUCAACUCAUGCUUCUGUCAAACUGGAAUGUUCCAGCAAUUCAAAAGAGGACAGAGAGCGAAAGAAGGCAAAGAAAAUUCCUGUUCCUUUGCAGCAGCCUCUGACUCCCAAAAAUGCUGCUAAAGGUCCAAAGGUGCACAGACGCAGUACUGGAGAGGCCCAGGAGUCUAGUAAGGAGGCUGUGAAGAACAUAGACACCCAUAAGCACAAGAAGAGCGGUGGAAAGCACACAGAACACCCACACUUUGAAAAGUUUUUCCAUGGUUUUAUUAGGAAAUGCAUGCAUUUUGUAUGUGAUGACAACUUUUAUUGUUCUGAAUGUUUAGUUGUAUAUUGUUGUAAGUCAUCUAAUAAAGCUUCUUUUACCUGUAGGCAUUAUCCUGUAAAGCAUUACAUAAAGGAGGCCAAAAAACUGAAGCACAAAGCAGAUGCAGAAUCAGAUAAGCACAGUAAAGCUUUCAACUACCUGGAUGCAGCCAUGUACUUUGUUGAAAGUGGCAUUGCGAUGGAAAAAGAUCCACACAUUUCAAUGUCUUCCUACACUAUGUUUGCAGAGACAGUGGAACUGCUCAAGUUUGUACUGAAACUUAAAAACUCAGUGGACCCCUGUGCUUCACCUUCAGAAAAGGACUUUUUAGCAUUAUGUUUGAAGUGCCAGUCUCUCCUGCAGAUGACCAUGUUUCACCACAAACGCAAAACUGCACUCAAGUAUUCAAAGACCCUCACUGAUCACUUCAGUAACUCAACAAUUCUUGAUCCUCCUGUUUUAACACCAAAAAUCACAGACACCCCGUCCUACAAGCCCAACAUGCCGUCUCCAGCCAACACAUCCACCAGUUCCGGUCCGGGCUCCCACCACAGUGGCAGCGGGUUGGUUGUGGAUACUAUCGGCAGCACUGUGGCAGUCCCCCAUGCCAUUGGACAGGUGGCAUUCAGCUAUGUCAACAUCACUAUGUUAUUCUUGAGCGCGCAUGACAUCUGGGAGCAGGCGGAGGAGCUGGCACAAAAAGGCAACGGUAUGCUGGCAGAGCUGGACACAGUUAUGGGCCCAUUGAGCCUAACAUCAAAUAUGAGCUCUAUGGUCCGUUACACGAGACAAGGCGUCCACUGGCUGAGGCUGGACAGCCAGAAGGUAAAGUGUGUCUUUUCCAACAUGUGGCUUUAUUUCCAUCAUCCUCGAUUGUUGGUGCUUCAUUUAUGAAUUACUCUGCAACAAGUUUACACUUCUUGUCCAAAUAAUUAUUUACUGGAAAAAAAUGUUAGAAAGGUUUUUGAAGGAUGCUUUUUUUCCUUUUGUGAAAUAUGUAAAGAAUUUGUGUUGCAGUGUACAGAGAUGAAUAAACACUGGAAAUGUA